AUCAAGGCAUUUUCUUCCAUGGUGCUCGUCCCCGUAUUCCAUUUAUUCCAGGAGGAAUAUCAUAGGAGUUCGCGACACCGUUAUAUAGGUUUAAAGUCACUUAUAUUCACCAAAUCCCACAUUCCAUUUUGCGUCUGCCUUCUUGAGCUGUUUAUCCUAGGCGUGUGCCUCUGGAAACCUGUUUGUUUGGGGAAUCCAUUCGUCAGGGACACAGGGGACGUCAAGGACCAGAGCAUUGCUGCAUAUGGCUCACCACUGGAGGGUGCUAUAGACCUACAAGAGGAAGAGAUGGAUCAGUCUGUCUCAGGUCUGACGUUCACCCUGGAUCCCUCUGCUGCUGCUCUAUCCCUCCAUCUCUCCACUUCCUCCCUCACUGUGACCUUCCACGGACCAAGCCCUCCGUCACUACCCUCUCGUCACCAUAGCAACAGGGUCACAGGUUCAGUAUCCCAGGAGUCUGCCCCCCAGCUCRUCCCUCAGGAGUGAGCUCAUUGGACGAUGCUUGCGGUUGGUGGCUUGAAAGGCAGGGCUUGUCCUUCUCCACUGUGUACGAUAGCCGUUGGGGGCCCUUACAUGCCGUGCCACCCCAGAUCAAGACCCUAGGGCUGUUCCUCAACAUGGGUGGAGGGGUGCUGAGCUUCCACAACCCUCUGACCCAGGAGCACCUAGCCACCCUGCCCACUCGCUUCAGCAACGCUGGGGUGCGUCCCGCUCUGGGGCUGGGCCAGGGCAGGCUGAGGCUCCGCUGUGGCCUACCCCCUCCACCCCACAUCUUCCUCAGCCGAGCGUCCGGCCUAUAGAGGGCCUUCUGGAGCUGGUGGGGGUCGCUGGCGCAGAGACGUGCCCUUCCAGUCUGUACGGGCGGUCAUCCAGAAGUUUGAGGAGCUGGCGGUGUCAGAUUCUGACUCAGGGCUGGUGUCCAGUUUUGGGUCGUCCUGCUCCACACUGGCCUCAUUGGCCGAAGCAGGCCCAGGUCUACGCUUCAGCCUCAGCCAAGGAGCAACUCGCCAUCCUGGGCAAGAGGGGAAGGAGGCUGGGGCAGAGUAACAUGUGAAGGACAGAUUAUUGUACAAUGAUAGGCCUCUACCCUGCUGGUGAUAGGAGCAAACUACCACCACGUCACAUUACAAAUAGGUUUUUAUAAGGUUGGUGAUGACACUGUGUGACAAAUUUGGGAUAAACUUGUGAGAUGGAAGGGCCAUUCUUCUGCUUUAUGAUAGGAGAAAACCAUUUGGGAUGAGUUUGAUCUUUGGAUGACUAUUUCCAUGACUAAUUUCUAAUCUGUGACUUUCUCAUCAGUGUGAUUGUGAACCAGUAGUUUACUUUCUCCCCAGGACGCUGGGCUUCCUCUCAGCUARACUACCCCCAGAGGUUUGGGGCUGGGCCAGGGCUGUCUGUAGGAGGAGGAGGGUUUCUCACUGGGGGUCCCACACUCUGGUGUGGGGGUUGAUUGUAGGACAGUAGGGUUGAUACGGAUGGUGGUGGUGGUGGUGGCGGUGUGUGUGUGUGUGUGUGUGUGUGUGUGAGGAUGUGAGGUGUAGGAGUCAGUGGCGGUGACACUACCAGUGUUGACUCUGGGUCACAAAGACAGGUGGUAAAGUACAUUUAUCCCGUUGUGUGUGUGUGUGUGUGUGUGUGUGUGUGUGUGUGUGUGUGUGUGUGUGUUGUGUGUGUGGUCUCUCUCUGCCCCAUCUUGCCUCUCCAUGAUCUCUCUGUUUUCUCUUUUUCUGCUUUUUUAUGUUCUGGAAAGGAUUUGGUCAGACCACCCAAGCUGUAAAUCACAUCGUUAAAAAAAAUCCACCAAAUUAAAACAACCAUCAAUCACAGGCAUCACGGGAAGAGCCGUUUGUACCUGUGGAGAGGAGAAAAAAGAUGUCCACCGAGUAGUUGUUGGGCUGGGCCAAUAAUUUAAUUCAUUGACGUGCUACUUGUCACGCAUCUUUAGGGAACAUAAUUACGCACAAAAGACUGCGUCAAUAUCAGUGGAAUAAUUCGGAAGAGACGGUUGGUCUGUGAGUCAAAUGCGCUGUUACACUGUCGCCCCGAAACACUAAUCUUGAUGACUGUGUUGAUGUGUAAUGGUCGAGGUAUUUAACCGCAGGAGUAAAAAUGUGUGUACUGCGGCCAGUUAUCACUGGGUUCUCGACUCUUGAGAACUAUCAACUUUCAAAGCAUCUUAAAAUAAAGUGUGGAAAGGUAAUUUCACUCUUAUAAACAAAAUUAGAAGGGGGGUAAUGCAGAAUUCAAAGGCGCUCAGUAAUGAGGUGUCUGUCGGGGGUGAUUCAAGCCUGGUGUUUGCUUAUCGAGGGGGGAGCAGAUCUGUAAGCAACUCGGGAACAGCUGUAGAGAAGAACAGACCCACAUAGACCCUGAACGUUACAUACAGUACUGUAGGUGUCAGUGAGUUAUUKUUUUGGCGCCAAAGUGUAGGCCGAGUAGUAUAACGGACCCAACGGUCUGGUAACAUUAGAGAAUCAAGUCUAAGCCUAAACUACUAUAUAAUAUCAGAUACAUACAGUAGGCUGCUACAGUGGCGACUUGGAGUGGCGCAAUUGUACAAGCCUAAAGUGAGAGAUAUCACAGUUGGAUCCGAGGUGUCAAAGACAAGUGGUGUUGUCCCCCUCCUCACCACGUUUCCAUGCCAACUGUGUUUGGAGAUGGCUUCUGGUCGCUAAUUGCAUGGAGGGCAAUAAUUCGACUCACACUCUCCAUCUAGGGAACCCUCGAAAAUGGAUUGUGAGAAAAAGACAACCAGGAGCACCAAUUUAAUUCGCACCCCCGUCCACUUUCAUUUAGCCGUUUCGGCAGUGUUUGCGUAUUGAUUCCGAGCGUUCAUACAUGAAUAAACAUGAAUUCUAACCAGACCGCCAUUUAAAUUUUGAGUGGCUAUUCUCUACUUUCCAUUGCUAGGAGUAACACAAUAAUUAGCCUAACAACACCAAGUCAUGUAGGCCUGGUUAGCCUUAUUACCAUCAUUAUCAGCAUAACAGUAGCUAUAAAUACAUAAUCCCUUGCCGUUUUGUUGUUCUGUCAGUUGCCAUUAAGAACCAAAUUGGAGGCAGUAAAAGGCUCUUCCCCGAGACACAUCCUCUGGUUUCAAUUGACCUCAUAAUGUGUCAGUUUAGAUGAUUAGUGCUGAAUAUGACCGAUUUAUAUUUUAUCAUGUAUACAACGUUUAAUUUAUAAACACUGGCAUGGCUAUUCAAUCACUGGCAUGUUAUUAUUUUUUCCAUCAUUAGGCUAAAUAAUAUCCACCUCCUCCAAGAGUCAUAUUAAGGAUUUUAUCAAGGGUAAA